CGUUUUUGUUUAUGGUUGUCACAGUUGUUGUUGUUGUUACGUACUGUCGUCGUCUGCAAUGCACUUUGUGGAACUGCGCUGAGAGCCUGCUCCCAUAUUAUCGAAUUUUAAUGGUGUCACCUGCUUAAAGAGACGUAAAAAUUGUUUUGUCAUGGCAACGGUAAGCAUAGACCCAACAUUCUCAAAGGCGUAUCGGUUGCUAUUCAGUGAUGAGCCAGAUUCCGCUGAUCAAAUGAGAGCGAUGCUUGAUGAUGCCUUGAAGCAAAAAUAUGGAACACACAAGGCAUUGACUUCAGUACUUCCUAAAACACUAAUGUUUGAGGAGUCAUCUAGCAAAGAUACAUCACCUAGCCCAAGUCAAGCUGAAAACAUGGAAGAUCUCGAUUCAGAAGAGUCAAAUAAUUCACCUGAUGAUGAACUAAAUGAGCUAAAUAUUUUAGAAGAGGACCUUCUUUGUGUAGUGUGCAGGCAAAUGAUGCAAGGUGAUGGUAAUCGGCUCGUGGAGUGCCAAGAGUGUCAUGAACUGUAUCAUCAAGAAUGUCAUCAACCACCAAUCAAUGAGGCUGAAAUACCUGUGAAUGACCCCCGUUUGGCAUGGUAUUGUGCCGAUUGUAAGAAAACAUUGAACAAAGCGAUAUCAACUAUAAAGAGCAACAAACCUGUUGUUUCUAUUUUAAAUUCAAGUCAUCCUUCUCCCUUGCCCAAGUCCUCCACCUCAGGUGGGAACCCACCAUUCACAAGCUCCAAAUUUUUUACUGCCUCAGUAAUUAAGCAGUCUUCUAAUGUUGUAUUUCUUUUUUGUCUCACAGGUCCAUCUAAAUCAACUGGUAAAUCAAGCUCUUUAAGCAGUUCAUCAGGAAGUGGAGUUUCUACUUCGAAACUUAUCAAAGCUCCUAAUUCUAGUAAGGGUCCAAUGCAAAACAUAAACAUGAUAACUGCAGACAAGCGUCUGCAGAUGAUGAAGAAAAAGGCAGCUGCUGCUAAUAAAACUCAAGAUAAAAAGAAAUGAAAAUUGCGUAGUCUAGCCCCUAAAGUUGGCACAAAGGGGCUGGAUGGUACGCGUAAAAGUACACGCCAUAAAUGAAAGCUGGACUCUUGCUUGGAGGCUGUCUUUGUAUGUCAUAAAUCGGCUAUUUCAAGUUGUCAAACUGUCUUGGCCGAGGGUAUCGUCCUCGUUUACUGAACUAGGGCUGUUUCAAAAAUAGGCUGUUUUGGCCCACAAUUGAUCAGAUUGUCUGCUUAUUCUGCUUGGCCUCAUCUGAGCACUUCACUACCAAUAUUGUGUUACACUGCAGACUCCACUGUUAAAGAAUUCUAUGGUCUCUGAUCUUACCAAGAAACAUAAUGCAGAGACAGCCUCUUAUUUGACUGACAUGAUUUGUUAUGUUUUAACUCGUGGACUAUGAAACUAGAACCACAAUUUUAUUUUUUUCUCACACAAAAUGAGGCUCUAAAACUCCUUUAAAUGUGGUGAGGAAUAAGAAAGAUUGUAACAAUAAUCUCACCCCUGCUACAGGAAAACAAUUGCUUGUCCUUUAGUCUAGAAACCACUCACUUCUAAGCUGAUACAGGAUGUACCUUGGAAAGAGACUGU